AUGGCCGGCUUAAGUUAUAAGGGAGCGUUGCGGCGGUGGCGAGAUACGAGUAUCGAUUCUACAAUCAGUGAUAUGAUGAAUUCGGUUCAAAUUUGGUGCAAAUGUUGUAAUUAUGUAGAAUAUGAUCUGGUACCACCGACUUGUUCGAGCGAAUCAACUGUUUGUGGACGCGUGACGUGGCAAAACAUGUCGAAAAGAGUUAAUAAGCCUUAUCGCGAGCUUGUCGAGGCUGAAAGCUCUCUCGUGGCUUAUCUCGAGUACCGGCUCAGAGCGCGCAGAGCGCUCUCUGUACAGAGAUAUCCGUUUUGUCUAUUCUCGGCAAUAAUAUUUGGGCCAGCUAGGUGCCGUUCGGCCCCUGCUCCUCAGAUAAUUGGUCUCCCAAAAAAAAAUUUAUUUUUCCAGCGGAUACAUCGUAGCAAAUUUAGACUCCGCGUGACCAGCGAAAAGAUGCUAGCGCUGUUGGCGGCGAUCGCGGUGGGCGUGGCCGCCGUGGACCAAUCGGAGCCAGGCGCGGGCCGGCCAAUGAGCGAGCCGGAGGUGGUGGUGCAGCUCAAGUACGACGGGGGCGAGCUGGACCGCAUCUACUUGACGCAGUUCCGCAAGGAGCAGAGGGUCGCCUCAGUCCCCGCGAGGCCCGACGUGUGCGCGGACCUCUGCCACUCGGGUCUCGGGGGCGAAGCUUGCGGUUCCACCUGCCUAUCCCUGAUGCCGGUCGGUCUGAAGACGGCGCUGAAGAGCGGCAACGCCAGCGGCGAGGAGUACGGCCAGCCGAGGGUCGCCGUCUGUCCGACCCUAUGUGAAAACCAACUAGGGGAGCCGCUGUGCGACUGCACGGACGUGACUCCGUACACUCAUCCCACCAACUGGACCGUGGUCUGCCAGGCCUUCUGCGACACCGAUGGGUACUUGCUCAGCGGCUGUCCAACAUGCGAGACCCCUCAAACUUCGCCCCAGCUCUCGACCAUCUCCGCCGUGUCUCUCCGCCUCGACACCUCAGACGGGUGGCGCUCUUGGUGCAACGUGCAGUGCCGCCAAGGACAGGGCGGGGCCGCUUGCAACUGCGACAGGACUCCGUUCUGA